AUGAGUGAAAGAGAGGUGCAAAGGAAAGGAAAGUGUCGAAGGUGGGAAGCGGAGGAGAAAGAGGGAAACGACACCGACAACAGCGUCGACGACGACGCAUACAAGGAGAGGGAGGAGAGUGUAGUGAAGGAUGCGAAAUGGAUGGAGGUGAAGUUGGGAGAGGAGGAGGAGGAGGAGGGAGAGAGAAGAGGAAGCGAGGGAGGGAAGACGGGAAGAGGGCGAAAGCGAGGAGGUGACAGCGAUGAUAAUGAGACGGCGAAGCCUCUCAAAAGACGCCCUUCCCUGUUGGUUAGGAGGUAUUGUUGCGCUUACGGGAAUCUGGGAGGGCAUUACGCCCACGAAACCAACGGUCGGCGCUGUAAUAAACACAUGCACCAACCCCAUCUUGGCCCAGCAGAGAAGAGGCCGUUCGCGAGUUUCUGCGUAUUACACUCUCAGCAGAAUUACCGCGCUGGCCAAUGGUGUGGCCUAACCGUUUCAAACACGGGCAGCGAAUUUCUUCUAUUGGUGCAACGAUACAGCGCUCAAGCAAGGUGUCAGCGUACGGGGAUGAUUACGGUAAGACUGGGUGGGCGGCAGGGAUUUGGACGGGCCAAUCGUGAGACGACGGCCACAGCGACCCCGGAUCGCGAGUGGCUCUGUUUUCAGCACGCCGAAUCAUCGCCCGGCGCCUGCUCAGGGGCAAUUUCACGGUCAACCACGUGUCUGCUCCCAACCGCCCAAACCUUCUCUGGCAAGGCGACUCGGCCGUCUGAAGAUGUCUCUCCUUCUCCUCCUCCUCCUCCUCCUCCUCCUCUUCUAGUACGAAAUUCCUGCGUGUCUUCUGUCCUCCUUGCCUGGUUUGACACACUUGCUUGGCUCGACUCGGCGUGUACCACCAUCAGACACUCUCUCGAACCUCCCGUCGACUUCGUAAAAUCUGGGGCAAGUGAAGAAGGGAAACCUGUUGCUGUACGCGCUACACCUGUUCUGUUUAUCUUCGGCGUCAAACACACAUCCCAUAAAAUCGUUCGGGUUCGAGAGUUGCACUUCCGAAGAGACCGCGAGAAACAAAAUGGACCCCACCGAGCGGCCGCCCUCCACAACAGAGCGUGUUCGAGUUUAUCGAGCAGAGCGCAGGACCUAUCCUCCAAGGGUAAGCCACAGCAGGUGCAAAGCUAUGGAGUUCAAACUACGGAGCGACGGAGUAUUUUGCAUACAAACAAAAUGCAGGGGUUUCAACGGGCCCAAUGUCAAUUCUUCGGAGUCCGGAUGGCGGCCCUUCCAGAGCUCACAAUGGUCACGACGGAUCCCUCAAGAACAACCUCAUCUUCCAUCUCAAGAACGCCUUUGAACCGCUGCCAUCGAUGUCUUGAAGCCAGAAGAACAGCUGGCCAUCAUUCCUCCCACGGGGAGACUUUCCCGCGAACUGCGCAUUUGCUUCCAGGGAAGAACGACUGA